UCGAGCUGGUAAUGCAAUAUAAAUAAAAUAAAAAUCAAUUUUAACCUAUGAAAUUCAUCACAAAUGCUAUCUGAUGUACUAGCAUGCAAAAAUCAUUCUCUUUAAGUUUAAAUAAAUUUAAAAUAAAUCUAAAUCACACCCAGGGCAGUUCCAGAAGUUUUCUUAACAAUAUUGUUACAAUGUCCAAACAGAAAAGCAAAUCAAAGAAUAAAACAGCUGAGAAUGUUACAAAGAUUGCAGAGUUAUCACCAAAAGAUACCGCGAUAACACUGGAUAAAUCAAAAAAUAUCUUAAUCAAUAUCCUGGCUAAGCCAGGUGCAAAGCAGAAUGCAAUCACAGAUAUCUCUGAGGAAGGCGUUGGAAUUCAAAUAAAUGCUCCGCCAACCGAAGGUGAAGCAAACACAGAACUUGUGAAAUAUAUUUCAAGCCUUGUCGGAGUUCGGAAGGGUGAUGUCUCCCUGGAGCGGGGAUUUAAAUCACGCCAGAAAACUGUAAAAGUCCUUGCGGAUACUAUUACAAUAGAACAAGUCAAAGCAAAAAUUUAUAACGAAAUUAAAUAAUAAAUAUAUUUUCUUGAGAGUA